AUGGCAUGCGUUGCGCCCUAUAAACUUCAGCUACAAUCUACCUAUUCAAAUCCUCCGCAUUUACCCAAUUUCCAUUCCAGUCCGAUCCUUAAGAGAAAGUCCCAUUUGGGGGGCUUUAAAUCAAAAAAAUGGAGGAAUUUAUCAUGGGCAGAUGGGGAGAAUCAAUAUAUGACGAAAAGAUCUUGGUGUGUGAAGAAUGAUAGAAGGCAGCAGAGAGGUUGUGAGGUGGUGAAGUGCACGGCGGAGGGGAUUGACAGGUCUCUGUUUGUGGGAAGUAGAGGAGAAGAAGGUGGUGGAUUCAUGGUGAAGGAGAGGUUUAAGGUGGUGGCGUUAAUGGCGGGGAUCAUGUGUUUGUGUAAUGCAGAUAGAGUCGUAAUGUCUGUUGCUAUUGUUCCACUUGCUGCCAAACAUGGAUGGAGCAGCUCUUUUUUAGGCAUUGUUCAGUCUUCCUUUCUAUGGGGAUAUAUAUUUUCCUCAGUUAUUGGAGGAGCCUUGGUGGACAAAUAUGGAGGAAAACGAGUUAUUGCGUGGGGUGCUGCUCUCUGGUCUCUGGCCACGCUCCUUACUCCAUGGGCUGCGAAUCACUCCACAGGCAGCCUAUUGGCUGUCCGUGCUUUUUUUGGACUAGCUGAAGGAGUUGCUCUACCUUCCAUGAACACCCUUUUAUCAAGGUGGUUUCCAAGCCAUGAAAGAGCUACUGCUGUUGGAAUAGCUAUGGGGGGGUUCCAUCUUGGAAAUGUUGUGGGAUUAAUCUUAACUCCUCUGCUAAUGUCAUCAAUUGGAAUUUCUGGCCCUUUCAUUCUCUUCUCAUCUCUUGGAUUUCUCUGGUUAACGACGUGGUCAUAUCAAGUGACAAAUGAUCCACUAGAGAGCAAUUCUAUAAGUAAAUCCGAGUUGCGUUUAAUCCAAGCUGGGAAAUCUGACUCUCAAGUCAUCAAGGGAAAGCUUCCACCUUUACGCCUUCUAUUAUCAAAAUUGCCUACGUGGGCAAUUAUCUUUGCCAAUAUGACUAACAACUGGGGAUACUUUGUUCUUCUAUCAUGGAUGCCUGUUUAUUUUAAAACUGUGUUCGAUGUAAAUUUGAAGCAAGCAGCUUGGUUCAGUGCACUUCCUUGGGGAACAAUGGCAAUCUCAGGCUACAUUGCAGGGGCAACAUCUGAUCACUUGAUCAAAUCAGGGUACUCUAUUACAUCAGCAAGGAAAAUCAUGCAGUCAAUAGGUUUCAUUGGCCCGGGAUUGGCACUGCUCUGUUUGAACUAUGCUAGAUCGCCUGCAGUUGCAUCUAUAUUCAUGACAGUUGCCCUGAGUUUGAGCUCUUUCAGCCAAGCUGGCUUUUUACUAAAUAUGCAAGAUAUUGCACCAGAGUAUGCAGGAUUUGUUCACGGGAUUUCAAAUUCUGCCGGGACAUUGGCAGCAAUAAUCAGCACGAUCGGGACAGGAUUCUUCGUACAGUGGCUAGGAUCUUUUCAAGCAUUCUUAACUCUCACAUCAUGUCUCUACUUCGCGGCAACCAUUUUUUGGAAUCUCUAUGCUACUGGGGAGAGAGUAUUCUAG